AUGAGCGAAAUGAAGGAGGCGAAGCUGAAGCCCAACAUCAUCAGCUACAGUGCUGGGAUCAGCGCGUGCGAGAAGGGAGAGCAGUGGCAGCGGGCGCUGGCGCUGCUGAGCGAGAUGUGUGAGGCGAAGCUGGAGCCCGACGUCAUCUUCAGCUGCAAUGCUGGGAUCAGCGCGUGCGAGAAAGGCAGGCAAUGGCAGAUGGCUCUGUCGCUGCUCAGCGAGAUGUGGAACAUGAAGCUUGUGCCCGACUCCAUCAGCCGCAGCGCUGGGAUUUUGGCUUGCGGUAGAAGCGGGCUCGAGCAACGGGCGAUUUGGUUGCUCAAGGAGGCGUGCAAUGUACAGCUUGAGUCCAAUGUUGCUAGCUUCGUCGAUGCAAUCAUUAUUGCCUUGCGCGGGUAA